CACAACCGCUACCUACCCAUGUAUCUUUAUGUCUCAGCACGCGCUUCAAACAAAAUAUCUCGGUUUUCGUCGAAAAUCCUGGCCAGAGCUUGAGCAUAAAUAGGCUAUGCUCAGGCGACGCUUGUUCUGACGUUCCUCGUACGAUCCCCUCGGUCGGCGAACAGACUGUAUAUCUUCUGCUGCAGGCUUGCACUCCCAGUUCAACGUACACUAUGCCACCUAAAGUCCCUGCCACUAGCUUUUUGUGGUCUUUAUGUAUCCUUGCUGUUGUACUGAUCUUCAUCAUACCGCCUUCGUCGCUUGUUCUCAUACCCACGGCGGUCAGCGCAUGGAAGACGGGAUGGUUGCCUGAUGGCCUCCCCUUGCGACGAUUCUACACAGGCUUUGUACCCUUGGAUUUCAUAUUCAUGGUGUACGGAGGUGUGUCCGGGGCAGCAGUAGAUGGAAACGACGAAGCGACCCACCUGUUCUGCCUGUGGUUCUUACCACAGCUCUGCACCGUCUUGUUGUUUACGUACUGGGAGGCGGGCAGGGCGAAGUCGGGUUUGGCGAUCUGGCCUACCUUCGUGUGCAUCCUCGCGCAAUUCUUGACAGCCGGAGUCACAUUACCCGCGUACUUCGUAUCUCACAUUCACAACAUAUCCAGUAUACCGACGCUCCUACCCGCAGACGCGCUUACAAGAGUGAAAACCAUACUACCAGCCAUCAUCUUGGGAUAUCUUGUCCCUUCGUGGUUCUUGGUCUUUCCGCCAAAGGGAGUGUCCCUAGACACUGUCCAGAAGAUUUCGGCAGCAUGGCAGCCGUUUCCACUCUACACUGCUGCAUUCUGGGCCUUAUUCCGCAAAGUGGAUUUAUCUGCCUUCGGCCCAUCUGCAGGCCCUCACCAGGAUGCAUCGCGAGUACUCAUCUGGCUCAGCCGGUCGUACUAUGUUUGCGGCCUGAUUGCGGCCUGGGCGCACCUGUACGUCUUCGUGCCAUCUCUAUUCGCGACCGAGUCGUCACAUUCCUUCGCGAACAUCUUCAUCCCAUUCUGGCUACACCCAUACCUUCCCAUCUCGCUACCUGCCGGCUCGCUGGCUGCAUAUCGACCAUGCAGCCGACUGCUCUUCCAGCACGACUGGCUUAUCAUGACCAUUGCUAUCCUGACAUUCUUUGCGCGGUCCCAUCUCCAUAUGCGAACAGGGUUUCCCUCGAUGGGUAUCGAAAGUUGGGCCUUCCGUAUGCUCUUCAUCAGCAUCGUCGGAGGUCCUGGAGCUGCCUUAGCAUGGGCUGCUGUUAAACGUGAAGAGAAGAUAGCCUCCGCACAGAAUGCGAAAAAUGCUAGAAAGUUGACACUGCAAGAGUAUGUAUUUGCCUCGGAUUGUGCGCACAAUUAGUGAAGUGUACAGGUACAUUCCAUUCAGUAUGGUCCAUGUCAGAAAGCGCACAUUACUGCAGAUAUUGUAUUGACUUCCAGUACUGCACCCAUUGCAUGGCGUCCUUCGCUGUGAGCUGUGGGAGAUUCUCCUCGCUUAGCGAGGGAGCUACUUGUACUGCCCGAGCCACAGAAAGCUUCGGCAAGCCGAGCGCCUCUCGCGUCACCUCGGACGCCUCGUCACCGCCCUUCGCGCCGCCGGCAUGCAUCUCUUCGAAGUGCUCGAUAAGUUUGAGUGCGGGGUUGCGCUGUAGCUCCUCAACCUCCCGGUCGGGCGCCAUGCGCCUGGACCGCUCGCUGCUGUUCCUGAGCUGUUGCAGCCACACUUCGUAGGUGACGGACUGCAGCCCGAGAGCCUGCGCAAUCGGCGCAAACAGCGUGCGCCAAUGCACGGGCCGCGGGUGCGUGAGGUGGUACGUUGAGAAACCGGAACCUGACGAGCGGAGCAUGUCGACUGCUGUGCGCGCCGCGGCGUCAACCGGGAUCCAAGACGUCUCCUAU